AUGCCCCGCCAUUCAACAUCUUCGCAUAUGUCCCAAAUAACUGAUGGCGACGUAACUUUGAUCACCCCCAUCUCGCCAUCAAACGCACCUUGGGACCAGUGCCCCCCAUCAUACUCUGGAAGUGCAAUGAACAAUAUAGGGUGGAGUUACUACCCUUUGCCACCUUCUCCGCCUAUAUCUAUCGGCUCAAAUACGAGCGAUUCUCCGGGACCCUCAUCCAAGAUAUUUGGUACGCGCACAAGUCCUGACUCUGUGCGUGAGAAGGAGCAACAAUUGUGUUUACCGACGCACCAAGUAUUUGACUUCCCUGAGCCUUCACCAUCUAUCUCUCCACCACCCUCAAAGCCCUCUCAACCAUCCAUUUCCAUUGACACUGAAGUACCCGCAGAAGGGCUAUCUUCCCUCCCUAUCGCGGGCCCAUCGAAGAGACCGCGAACUGGUGGAGAACGUAUCACCACGAAAGACUUUGUACCGCCUGAUGUAUCGGGGCUGAGCAAACGCGAAGCACGUCUGGUUAAGAACCGUGCUGCUGCUUUCCUCAGUCGGCAGCGCAAGCGGGAGGAAUUCGAGGCUAUGGAGAUUCGCGUCAAAGAGCUGGAAGAAGAUAAUGCGCGACUCCAAGCUGCUUCCAAAAGGGGACACGAUGGGUUGCUCUCAGAAAUAGAACAGUUGCGCGCUCGCCUUUCUGCAUCUGAAAAAAGGGGGCGCGAACUGAAGGCCGAGCUUUCACGAAGGAGUGAUGUUCAUGUGAAGACAGAGAAUUACGACCAUUGUUUGACUCCGGUCUCACCGUCUGCCUCGCUGCCGACACCCUCCCACCAGAGGUCUGGAGCAAGUCUCGGCCUGAUGGUUCUCCUGUGCACACUUCCGUCCCUGCUUUCCUUGUCUCCUAGAUCACUUCCCACCACAUACUUCAUUCCCCCGUCGGAUCCCUCGGUUCUACAGCCCUCUUGCAACUUCGACUACAGCUCCAUCAUCCCAAGCGAAAUUGAGUGGGCACCACAUCCUGACGGGGGAGCGAUGAUGAACCUUGGUUUCGGCGAUCUUGCAAAGCUUUCUUCGAGCACUGGUUCUUCAUCCCCUCACAAACUCGAGAUCCAUUCCGAAGCGAUCAGAGCUCUUGGGGGAUUCGAAAUUUCCUUCGACGCCAGUCCGGUCAACACUGGAAAAAUCCAGGUUCGAAUCCACCCUUCCCAAUCACAUAAUAUCAACUCCAACCAGGAUGCACAACGUGCACGCCCAUCUUCAGUGCCCAUGUGGUUCGAGUCAGCCCCAAAUAACUAUGGCUCUGGCUUCUCAGCUGCCUUAUCAUUCACUUCCUCGUCGGCACCGGCAUCUUCUUUCGUACCGUUAACAAGUGAUUUUGACUUGGAUCCUUUCCUGAGUGGAGUCCACGACUCGGGAAUGCCGUAUGGCAGCUGCGGACCGGCGUUCGGCCAGCAUCCAUCGGAUGCCACAUUUGAACACAUACCAGGGUUUAUGAGUGGCACUCGCAACGAUUUCUCUAAACACCGUGGGCGAGUGACCAUGAGAAACAUGUCAGCUAUCGGGAUGGAAGGAGAGUGGGAGGUUCCAACUUGCUGA